GUGAGCAUGCGCAAUCGUGGACGUGGCAGUGACGUUACGCAUACCGGAAGCGGUAAGGAGUGGAAGUGAAACCCCGACCUCCGUUUCAUCGACAAGCCGGGAAUACUGUGGGAAAAAACGACGAAAUGAUACAGUAACCAUGAUGUGCGGAGUCGCUGGAGAACAUUCAACUCUUCCAAGCUUUUAGUAACAUCUGAAGUCUGAAGUGUUUGCUUUGGCCUCAUAAAGGCCCCAGCAGAGACUUUCACAGCAGCCGGUCCCCCUCAGAUUCACUGUCACAUAUACACAUCCUGAUACUGUUGAGGGAAAGAGGUUCUGCAGCAUUAUCAUGACGUGUCGGGACCGCACAAUUGAGUUCCAGUCGGCUUGUAAGUCACUGCAGGGGAGACAGUUACAGAAUGGGACUCACAAUAAACCUGCCAUUAAUGCCAUUAAACAGCGCAGUGACUUCACUCUUAUGGCCAAGAGAAUUGGGAAAGACUUGAGCAACACAUUUGCCAAGCUUGAAAAGCUUACAAUUUUGGCCAAAAGGAAGUCUUUGUUUGAUGAUAAAGCAGUGGAGAUUGAGGAGCUAACAUACAUUAUUAAACAGGACAUCAACAGUCUUAAUAAGCAGAUAGCGCAGCUGCAAGACCUCGUACGAUCCCGCAGUGGGCAAAAUGGCCGUCACAUCCAGACACAUUCCAACACAAUUGUUGUAUCCCUGCAGUCCAAGUUGGCAUCAAUGUCAAAUGAUUUCAAGUCAGUCCUGGAAGUGAGAACAGAGAAUCUGAAGCAGCAGCGCAGCAGAAGAGAGCAUUUCUCCCAGGCCCCUGUCUCAGCCUCUCCUCUGCUCACCAAUAACUUCAAUAGCUCAGUUCUGAUGCAGGAUGAGUCCAGGAGUCUUGCAGGAGAGGUGGCCAUCGACAUGGACUCUAGAGCAAACCCUCUGCAGCUGCAGCUCAUCGAUGAACAGGACUCGUAUAUACAGAGCCGAGCGGAUACCAUGCAGAACAUUGAGAGCACCAUUGUGGAGUUGGGCUCCAUCUUUCAGCAGUUGGCGCACAUGGUCAAAGAGCAGGAAGAGACGAUUCAGAGGAUCGAUGCCAAUGUGGAGGACACCCAGCUGAAUGUGGAAAUGGCCCAUAGCGAGAUCCUGAAGUACUUCCAGUCCGUCUCCUCUAAUCGCUGGCUCAUGAUCAAGAUAUUCCUUGUUCUCAUCAUCUUCUUUAUCAUCUUUGUGGUCUUCCUCGCCUGAGAAGGAUAUACCCGAGCAUAAGGAGGGAUGAAAACGGAGCCAAAGGGUUUGAAGGACGAUGGAUGGACUAAUGGACUUAAGUCCACAUUCAAUGGACUUAUGGGCGAAUGUGCAAAAUCACAAGUGGACCGGACUCUUUGGGUUGAGUGGGGUGGGUUGGGGUUCUGAUGCUCAUUAGUGGGUUAGUCAGAGUAUCUUGAGUCAGAUGUUAAUUCUGUCAACUGUCCGACUUCAGCUCUCUUACUCUGGAGGGAGAUGGAGGAUAAUGGUGAUGCUGAAGAAGGUGGAGAUUUACUGUGUAUUUAAAUAGAGAGGAGGGUGUUCUGAUUCACUCUGUUCUCUUUAAGCUUCAUCUGCAUUAACAUUCAGGCCUUCGUUUCUUAUUAAUAAUCACAUAUUAAAAGAGAAGGCUUUUUCCCAAGUGGUUUGAUUCUCCAAACUGGUUUAGUUUGUUCUUCUCAGACAGUGUUGUCCAUAAUCAGAUAACAUUUUUACAGUAAAUUAAAUGAGACCUGAUUCUCCUCAUAAAAUAAGCCUGAUAAUAAUA